UCGAUUAAUAUUCAAAGUGUUAGCCAUCAAAAACAAAUCUGUUGUUGACGCAUGCGUUUCCGAUUCUUUUGCAUGAACGUAAUGUAUUUACAAUUUCAGCGGAACAACUCGCUAUUGUCAAUAUGCUUUUCUCCGAUAAAAACAGUAGGAGAUGUGAAUUAAGGGAGUUCCGUUUUUCACGUGUAGGGAGGAGUGAUAAAUCUGAAGUUGUGCGUAAAAAUAAUUUUUCCCUCAAACGUGUAAUAAUCAGUAUCAUAUCAAAAUUAGCUCGGUUUUGUUGUGUAGUAUAGUUAUAAAAAUUAUUUCGCUCAUAAAAUAUUUUCGAUGAAUAAAUGAUAAAAACGAGAUAGUAGCCAUAAAUUUUAUUAUACAUGUCAUUUUCUUGAACUAGGUUCUCAUUCCUCUUUUGACACAUGAUUUCUUUGAUCAGCAUCGGGAUAGAAAACCUAAAAAAUGAAAUAAAAUUACAAGGCCAUAAGUAUUGAGAAAACGAUAAAAAAUGAUAAUUUCCACAGUUCUACAGGGGAUAAUUACAACAUGUCAGCACACAGAAAAACUGUACUUGGCUCACGGCGGCUGAUGUUAAGAGACCACGCCGUCAUUUGCGGAUUUACCCGUCCAUAAAGCACUGGACAUAAUUAUAGUCUGUCGCCAUCCGCGUAUGCAUCUUCCCUUGGUCCACUCGUAGGGAAUUAUGACAGGAUUUGUAUUACAGAAAAUCGUAGCUUCAAGGAUGUCAUCGUCUUCUAACUUAAUCAGGUAGAAGGGGAGAAAUUGGAUGCAGACAAUUAAAUAAAUAUUUUCAUUAGAAAAGGGAGAUCAGGACGAAAUGCACGCUUGAACUCUUGCCAUGUUGUUCUUAGAUUUUUAUCAGCAAAUAAAAUUUGUAUAAAACUUCUUUUUUUAUUGCGCACAUUAAGCCUACUCACGGUCACGUCAGAAGAAACUUUCCAAUUCUUGGAGCAUAUAAUUGAGUUAAUUGAUAAAAAAGAAAUCUUUGGACCAAAUGAAGUGCCAGGUUACACUGAAUCGUUUAAAUGUUCCAAGUUGUGAGCAGGAAUAUUUCUUAAAAAUGAACACCUCCAAUCAAUAAGGAUCAAGUAACGAGAACAAAAUAAAAGAUCGUUAGGCGAACAGCGAAAACAUUAGAGCCCGUCAUAUUCUCCGCUAGGACCACAAUCGACGGAACACGCCGUAGUCGCGCGUAUUCCAGAGAGCGAACUCCCCCGACAGAUAAACCAGGAACACUAGCCAUAACCCCCCUACACAAACCACUUAUUUUGGUGAAAAGCAUCUACCAGUGAAAGAUCUUAUGAUUAAACUGUAAUGGAAAGAAAUUCCAGUGGUGAUGUUGUGAACGGGACCUCCAUUUCUUUCCCUGACCUGAAGCACGACAUUGACAUUAUAGUGGUGUAUUCCGUGGCUUACUCUCUCAUAUUUCUGUUUGCUCUGUUGGGGAACCUUACUGUUAUUGCAGUCGUGGUCAGACAUCGAUGGAUGCACACCAAGACCAACUUUUUCAUCGUAAACCUCGCCGUGGCAGACCUAUUGGUCGCACUGGUCGUUAUGCCAAUCAAUACAAUGAUUAAUAUAUUCUUAGACUGGCGGUAUGGUGCAGUGCUGUGUAAGUUGACGCCUUUUCUUCAAGGAAUCUCCGUCUGUGCCUCGGUGAAUACUUUGGCAGCCAUAGCGAUUGACAGGUGCCUGGCCAUAUGUUAUCCUUUAAGCUACAAAAUAACAUGGAGAACUUGUAAAAUAAUAAUGUGCGGCAUCUGGACUUUCAGCGUGGUCUUGAUGAUACCGUACCUAGUGGUUUAUAACUUGGAACUGUACAGUUCCCACCCGGAUCUGACAUACGUCUGUUCACCGAGGUGGCCGUCCACGACGUUUGAGACAAUCUACUUCCUGGCUGGUUCUUUAUUGUUUUGUUAUUCCAUUCCUCUGGUGUUGAUUACCACGUGUUAUUGUGUGAUUGGAUAUAAAGUCUGGCACAGGAAAGCGCCGGGUGUGUAUGGAUCUAACGGUAUAAUACACAGGUCCAAAAUAAAAGUGGUCAAGAUGUUGGUAGUCGUGGUGGUACUCUUUGCUGCGUCUUGGUUUCCACUGUGGGUGAUACAGAUAAAAAUGCGAAUGGAUCCACCGUCGAAAGACGACUUCAUUCUAUUUAAUUACGUCAUCCCAAUCUGCCAAUGGCUGGGCUGUGCGAACAGUAGCAUCAAUCCAAUCGUAUACAGUUUGUUCAGUAAAAAAAUUCGCACGAGGAUAAAAACUAUCUUAAUGUGCAAAAAAGCAGCAUACGAAAUUCCACGUCAACUGAGUUCGUACGCCAGUACUAGAUAUGUGUCGGUAGAUUAUACUAAUGGUCACGUGACACUAAGGACUAACGGAUUACAAAAAGAGCGCAAAGCGUCUCGAACAGACAGAUUAUUCAAUAAUGUUUACGACUGAUUUCCGUUAUUGCUGUUUCAUUCUCUGUGAAGUUGUUGAUGCAUAAAAAAUAAUUUUUCAUGAA